GUGUGUGUGUGUGUCCGCUGUAGAAGGUGUUGCAUAUAUAAAUUAACUGACCGGUACAAACAGAUCCUCUGAUACUUUGGCCUUUCGCCGUCGAAAAUCUGAUCGCCGCUCCUCCUUGUUUGAUUGAAGUUGAAAGGGACUUGUCGACGACCUCGUGCAAGUUAAAAAAUUGGUGACAAUGGAAAGCGAGGACAGCGCUGAGAGUUCCUCGGCCUCCGAAACUGAAACAGAAACCCAACAAGAAGAUAGAAAUGUCGAGGCGGUAUUCACAGCUCGCCCUUACCAAGUGGAAUUACUAGAAAUGGCUCUGGAAAGAAACACAAUCGUUUGUCUCGGAACGGGAACUGGAAAAACAUUCAUCAGUGUAAUGCUAAUAAAGGAACUCUCUCACCAGAUCAGAGAAAUCUACAAAAACGGUGGAAAAAGAAGUUUCUUCCUUGUUAAUACAGGUUAGAAAGUAUUAUUUUGUUUAAGUUUUGUGUUUUAACACAAGAAACAGGUGGAGGUGGGGUUUGUAUGGGUAGCUUACCGAUGUCGGUGAACUUUUCGUCAGGACCACAAUAGCCACCGCCUUCCGUUGGUUUUCAAUUUGCAAGUUAGAUAUUCCCUAAAAUUUCAUCUUAAAUUGUACUGUAAUUUGACUUGAGAUUUUUAGCUUUUAAAAUCAGUACCCUAUGUGGUCCUUGGUCCGGACGAAAACGACGUAAAUGAGUAUUUGUAAUUUUAGAAGAGAAUUAGUGAGCUGAAAUUUGUCUUGUGAGUUACCGUAACAUUUCACUAACUUGUGACCAACCGACAACUUCUGAGCUUUGUUGAAAAUCCUCCAUUAUAGAAAAUGACCGCUCCGUUUGAAGGCCCCUGGCCGGCCAGUGGUUCCUUGGUUCGGCCACUUUGGCCACUUGUAACGUUCAUAGCACCAACUGAUCUAAAUUAAAUUCCUGUAUAUUUUCUAUAGGCAGCAUUUUCACUUCGAAACCAAAAUGAGAUCUCAGAGUAAAAGGUUAUAGUUUUGACUUAUGAAGAAUUAAUAGCGGAGCUCUCGCGCGCGCGAAGCGCUCGCAGCGGAGCGCCACGGUAAGAAAAUUUGGUAAUCCGGCUAUGCAUCCAAGAAAUUUUGGUUCCGAGAAAAUCGUCCGUACGAAGAUUUCAUACGUUCACCGGCGGAAAAUGUAAAGCGCAUACUCUGCAAAAAAUGACACCUGAUCUAUUUCGGGCCAUGUCAUUGGCUCCGAGGCAAAAACGCCCGCGAAAUGUUGUUGAGAUGAAAGAGGUGAUGACAGCUUUUUUCUUUUUGGCAGUGACAGCGCUGCAAUUUCUUGCCACUGUAAGAGAUCAAAAAUUAUUUAGGUCGACCUUUUGAGUGAAGUGUGUUCUCUAGAGAAUAUAGCGUCCUGGAACUGGCGAAAAAUCGUAGUGGCACGGUAUGAUUCAGUGUUAUUGACGUUGAGAUCGCUGGUUUGCAUGUGGAAGACAGGCAAAAAAGGUAAGUAAUUUUUACUCUCUUUGUUUACUGCAUCUUCCGUGCAACUCGGUACAAAAAGAAAUUUUUCAGUAGUGUAAGAAAACGUAUUGGGCUUUGUUUUGGUAUAUAAUUUAGCUUAUACCGAGUUGCACGGAAGCGACAGUUUUAAUUUGUUAAAUGUGUAUCCCGUUUUUGUGUCAAAAUUCACGACUUUGAUUUUCGACAACAUUCGACUAUUCAUCGAAGAGCGUAUUACCACGCUAUCCAAAAUGUAUUUGUUGUUUUGUUCAAGUUUCUAAUCACGCAUACAACAAAAAAAAGGAGAGGGAGAGACAGUUUUAGGGUUUGUUUUGUUAAUAUGACUUCGCUUGUACUUUGCAGAGAUGUCAAGUUCCAGGGAGAAGCUGGCUGGAGAUUUUCUCGAGCGCUGAAGACGUGAGUUUUCUAAUGGGGUCCGGAGGCAUGCCGUGGAAACAUUUAAAAUCUGUGAGACAUUUAAAAUCUGAGGUCCCCUAAAUCACUUUUCCUGCAUUCUGAGGUCAUUUAAGGGUCUGAUGAAGGAACUAAAUCCGCUUGACGCGAGUGACUCUCAAUACGUCUUACGAUUAAACUCUUUAUUAUAAGGAGACUUACUCUCUUCACUUCACAGUUCUUCACAACUUCUUUCUAACAACGUCUUUCUUCAACUAACCUUGUGUCUUCUGCAGUUCACCUUCUUUCGCUCUAAAAUCUACUUCUUCGCAUCUCGCUAUUUAUUUGUUUGAUGGUCAUUGAAAAUAGGUUUAAAUAUAUAAUAAUGCGUAGGAUGUAUCUGCCAACAAAAACGAGCCACAAAACUUACACUUCCUUAAUUAAUUACUAAAAAGGUCGAAAUGUUCAUUUAAAAGAUAAGUAUCUUCCGAGGGACGUCAAGUUUGGAGACAAGAUGUCGCACUCUCAAAAAGCACACUGUUAAUAUUAAUGUUUCUGCAUGCAAAGCUUACUUUAGUAAAUUGCAUUGGUUAUUCAUCAUGUUGCAUUUUUAAAGGUAAAUACUUAGAAUCUUCUAGAACCUUAAAAGCCUAUUGAUCGGAUAUUUUUCGAACUUUUAUUAACUUUCCAUAUAUCUCCAAAAUCGGGAAGAUAAGUCCUGUAACAGGUCACACAUUUUACUCAUGUUACAAUGGCUAAUUUCCAGGUUGUAAAAGGCUGAAAAUAUGAAAAUAUUACACCUUCUUUUCUUUUUUUAUGAUGUAUUUAUUUUAAAAAUUGUUAACCCGAGUUCCGCUGGAGAUUUUCCUUGCUCGGCUGGAGAGCUGGAGAUUGGGUCUGAAAGCUGGAGACUUGGCAUCUAUGAGUUUGUUGCUAGAAAAACUGUGUUUAGAUGCUAAAUCUCCGCGUGUAUACAGUGUUUAUGGCAAAAAAAAUGGGCCUACGCUUGGUUCAACUUAAUCUCGUGUCACUCGGUACAAAAGGAAAUUAUAACGAAGGUAAAGAAGUAUUCUUAGCCAUUGUCUUGGUGUGUAAAUUGUCUUGUAGCUAGUGGAUCGAAAGAGGCCGGGUUGCGACAGUUUUCUAAAGUGCGCAGUUUGAAACGUGACUUUGAUCGAUCGAUCCACUUUUCAUUGUUGUUGUACAUAUUACAGCUUUGUAUGUAACAGAAAUUUCAGUUUUAUCGUAACUGUAGAAUGACAAAAUGUAAGUGUUUUUAAAACGCUUAGACCGUCUCGGUGCUACAGUUCGAUAGGUCCAGCAACAUUUGGAUUUGUUAAAAAAAUCUGUUUACAAUGUGCACAGCUACUCUACGUUUAAGCUUGCAAUUUUAUAAUUGAGGAUCGAAGUUUCGACUAAAAUAUUUUGCUUCUAAAUUUUGCUUGGGAUUAUUUAUAACGAGUUCCUUGUUAUUUUCCUUGUUUGGAGCUGCACCCAAGUACAUGAUUUCCCCCGCGUACAAUUUUUUAGCACUAAAUUUUUGUACGCAAUGCUUUCUGUGGGGAUGCUUCUUUGCUCGAAAAUUGGAAGGAGGUGAACAGCGUAUAUUCCCCGUGAAUGCUUUUGUUUUUCUGUCCAUCGAAAUGGCUUAUUUUUUUGGAGCAAAGUUGUGAAUUGAAGAUAGAGUUAACACACUAUUAAGGAAUCAAAAGUUCUUUCCAAGAAAAAAAAAUACAGUAAUCAUCACAAAUAAAACUUACAGGGGUUAAAAGUUUGAAGUAAACUUUGAUUCCUUAUGAAAUUUUUAGUUGGAUCAUGUUGAUGAAUGCAGUUGUGUAGGAUAUGCAGUUUCCAAUUUUGAUCUCUGUCAGAAUCAUGAGAGAACACUAAAUACAGGUCUCAUUCAAACUUUAUAAUAUCAUCGUAAUUACCUUCUGUUUCUAUUCCUAUAAACUUAUGGUCAAGCCUAAAUUUUACACGAAUUCAAUGUGAUAUUUAUUUGAAGAGGUUGUUGUUUCACGUGAUAUAGUUUUCACUUUCAAUACUGUGAAGUCGAGUUUUUUCUUAGUUGUUGGCUAAGGCAAUGUUGAAGUAUUUGAUAUGUUAACAUACUUAAUUUGUUCAUUUCUCUUCAGGAAAGAUUGAUGAUCUUGGCGAUUUAUCGGAGGGUUUUUGCGUUACGAGUUUGGGGGGCUUAUACUUGGAGGGGCUUAUACAUGGAGGGCCUUAUUUUCGGAAUUUUAUGGUAUACCAAAAACGUUAGAUUAACCAAUUGUUACAGUGUGAGUGCACUGUAAUUUUUAGGGAGUUAUUAUAACUCCAAAAAUGGAGUAAACAUUUCAGGUAUGGGAUAACCCCUUUUUUGGGGUUACUUUAACUCCUCAUUUAACUCCAAAUUUGGGGUCAUUUUUACUCCUGAAAAAGAGUUCUUUGUUCUUUUCACUCCCAGGUUGGAGUUAAAAUAACUCCGAAAAUUGGGUUAUUCUCACUCCUUACAUGGGUUGUUUUUUCUCUUUUUGGAGUUACUUUAACUCGGAAAGUGGAGUAAAAAUUUUAGGUACAGGAUAACUCCUUUGUUGGGGUUAUUUUAACUCCUCAAUAUCUGGGGUCAUUUUUACUUCGAAAAGAGUAAUUUUAAACUCCUUUUCGGAGUUAAAAUAACUCCCAAAAAUAACUCUACUGUAAGGAGUUAAAUCAACCCGAGUAGAGGAGUUAUUAAAACUCCUUGAAAAUUACUGUGUGGGGUCUUUUUACCUACCAUAUUUUAUUUUCUCUCAGUUCCUUUAGCCAUCCAGCAAGCCAGGGUGAUUAAGAAACACACAGAUUUGAAGGUGCAGCAUUAUGUUGGCGAGAUGGGAGUCGACUUCUGGGACAAAAAUAAGUGGGAAAAUGAGUUCAAUAAAAACAAUGUUUUGGUGAUGACUGCCCAGAUUUUUCUGAAUCUUCUACUCCAUGGUUUCAUCAAACUUUCACAAGUAAAUCUUCUGAUAUUUGAUGAAUGCCAUCAUGCCAAGAAGAGUCAUCCAUACAAGCAAAUCAUGAACCGUUUUGCUGGUUGCCAAGAAACUGACUAUCCAAAGAUCAUGGGUCUAACAGCAUCUGUAGUAAAUAAAAAGGUGAAACCAUGGAAAAUUGAAUCUGAAAUCCAAGAACUGGAAUGCACACUGAGGUCAACAUGCGAGACAAGUCAAGAUGAAGAUGUUGAGAAGUUUGCUGCAAAACCAAAUGAACAGAUCAUUCAGUUUUCAAAUGCUAACAUUGACGUCAGCACAGUUAUCUUACUUCAAAAACUUCAAGAAGUUUUAAGACCAGAAAUAAACUACCUUGGUGACUAUGAAGUGCAAGGGAAUGGUCUAUCAUUGGCUGCCCACUCGUUUGCCUUGUCGGCACUGACUGAGUGUCAGGAGAUUUUAUCAGAAAUUGGUCCCUGGGCUGCCAACAAAGUUGCAGGGUACUUAAUCAAGGACCUACAAGGUAUGGUCUAAAUCGCAGGGGCAAGCAGCACCUAGCGGUCCCCUGGUUUUUGUUGUUGUUGUUUUUUUUUUCAUUCAAACCAUAUUGUGGGUUUCCUCCAAUUUUUAACGUAUUUAAGUGCAGCCUUGAAGUGCAUCAUGAAAAAACACACUAAAAGAGGACCUUAACAAUAUACAUAGCCAAACAUAAGUAUUUCAUUUGUUACAGUCCGGCUAACUUAGAAACAAGGAAUUUAUAAACAGAUUAUAUGCCUUGUCUUGGUAAUGCAAUACUGCAUAUAAUGUUUUGGUUAUUAAUGAAGGUGGGAACUUUUUUUAGUUUUUAUAGACACGGCAUGCAUGUUUCAAGACUGCAAGGAAGGAAGAAUGUUCUGUGAGUUUAGCAAAACACAGCUGCAACAACUACAAGGUGUUUAUAACAACUAUACAUCCACUACAGGCAGUGAGACUUCCAGCACUAAAAAGUUAUACAUAAUGCCUAAAGUAAAGGAACUGUUGUCUGUAUUAAAAACAGAAUAUGGGAAUGAACAAAACAGUGGUGAGUUAGUCAGUUUCGUUAAUUGUAACAAAGUGCUUGCAAAUAGACUCGACUUCCUUGCAUUUAUAUGAUCUUAAAGCUGUCAUGUAACUAAUGUCAUCCUACAAAUUAUCCUCCCUUUGGGCAGAAACAAAGUGCCCUUGACAUUUUUGAAUCUAAUGUGAAACAAAGGAAAUCAAGAACAAAUGCAAUGAACACUUAACCACCUAGUAGAGGGGUUGCUACUCUCUACUGGAUGCCCUGCAUGGUUCCACAUCUCAUCCCAGCCUGCUGAAAAAAAGAUGUUCCCAUUCUGUAAUCUUACAGCCUAUACUCAUGAAAAAAGGUUUUACGUAGUAGGAUUUCUCAGCCUGUGAGUAAGCUCCCUAUGGGAUAUCUGGGCUCCGCAAGGAAGAUAGAGCUACUUUUUGACUCAGCGCAAUGAAGAUACUUAGAAUUGGGGUAAUGCAUCUCGACUAAAAUGCUGUAGACUAAGGAGAUGAGGUUUGGGGGAGGUUGUUCCAUUCAACUGAUCCUAUUCCCCAAGCCAAGAGAAAAACGUAGAGAGAGCAGGAUCGUAGCGUCCAUAUACGCACCUACGCACGUGCGUACAGCUGAAAUCUAGAAAAUUUUUUUCCUGAACGCCUUUUAUCAUUUAAUCGGGAAGACUUUUUGGAAUUAUAUUGGUGUCUUUCUGCUAACGUUGCCUUCAUCCCUAUGUUAUUCCAUAAACAGAUGGCAAGAAACGUUAUAGUGGGGUGAAAAACGAGAAAAGUAUACCCUACCCCGUCACAACAUUUUCCUUCGUAUUCAUUUCUCUAAAAUGUCCUGCAAUUAACGCAGGAAAUGGCAUUUCCCAGACUGUACAAUUAAAAAGGAGAGUAUAACCCCACGCCCCAUUUUUGUUUGGAGAGCCUUCGACGCUCUAACUUUUCUUCCAGUGCGUAUGUCUUCAAAAACUCACGCUACGCCCCUGCAGAGAGCAUGCUCACAGACUGCAAAACACGUCGCUGUGUCCAAGCCUUUGGCCUCAUAAUUUGUGGCGUCUCACACACCAUCUUGAGUCUCACCUUGGGUUUGUUGAUUUGAAAAGGAACAGAAUGCAUCCGUCAGGCUGGUCCUGCAAUGGAGAUCGUCACUAGCGUACUAUUGUUUUUGACUUAUAGGGAACAAGCUUUGUGGCAUAGUGUUUGUAGAAAGGCGAUGCACAGCUCUGGUACUCAGCGAGCAGAUAAACAUUGCCGCAAAAUCAGAUCCUGAAUUGUCCUUCAUCGAAAGCAGCUUUGUGAUUGGCCAUGGCACAGGUGGAAAGGCUAAUUACUCCAAUGAAACAGAGAUGAACUUCAAAAAGCAAGAAGAGGUAUUGCGACAGUUCAGGCUACAUGAAUUCAACCUUUUGAUUGCAACUUCUGUUGUUGAAGAAGGAUUGGAUAUCCCAAAGUGCAACUUGGUAUGCCGGUUUGAUUUUCCAAUGACACUACGCUCCUAUGUGCAGUCAAAGGGCCGAGCUCGUGCCAAGGAUUCCAACUACAUUAUUCUUGUAGAUAAAAAAGAUUUCGUGGAAAAGCGAGGCGAAUUAGAGGUUAGCGAUCAGUUCUUUCUUUUUAUUCUUAGGGUACAUAAACGUGACUAUUCGAUUCACUGUGUGAUGAGAAUGUUCUUACGAUGUAAGAAUACAUUGCACUUCCAACAACGUCUUUAAAGGGUUAUUUGUUCUCCUUCUUUGUCCAUGACGGAUAAUAAUUACCAGCAAAGAAGACGUAAGAAGUCAUCAUUUUCUAACUGGUUUUCUGCUGGGUGAAAGUGAGGUUCACACUCCUGUUUUCUAACAGUUUAAAAAUUGUCAUUUUGGUCAUGUCACUCUAUGCUAGGAGUUUCUUAGAAUCCAACUUCGAUAAUUCCUCUUACGUUGCCAACGUUAAGACGCCUUCCAAUUGAAACGCUCAUGUGAUUCAGGAACAGUAGGUAAAGGUAUGACGGUAUAUUUAUGACAAAAUUCAAUAACCUAAAAGUGAAAAGAGUUAAGUCAAAUCUGAAAUAUACCAAGUCAAAGUUGGUAGAGAAAGACCACGGUAAAAGGAAAUACUAAAAAAGCCACUAUCGUACAGGUAUCACGCAGAAAAAGGCAUCGCGCUAAAAGGCAACACGCAAAGAGGCAUCACGUAAAAAGGCAUAACGCAAAGAGGCAACACGCAAAAAGGCACCACGCAAAAAAACAACACGCAGAGGGAUCACGCAAAGAGCCAACACGCAAAAGCAGUACGCAAAGAGGCAUAAUGCAAAAAGGCAACACGCAAAAAGGCAUUGCAAAAAAAGGCAAUUUGCAAAAAGGGCAUAACGUGAGAAGUUUACUUAGGAUCCAGGCCUGGAUCUUAAACAGUAUUUUUUAGUACAUACUGCAAGCAAACCGAAAUGGUAUUGGAACGAGACAUUCUAUCUUGCUCACCUCCUGAGGUGCUUAUUCGGUACCCUAGGCGUGCCCUGAUUGAUAAUUACAACAAGUCCAAAACGGAAUUGACAGCGAUUGCAUUUCUUUCCGGCAGGAAAACUUAAUUAAUUUACUUUUGAGAUCGGCACAUCUUUACCAAGACGGCGGACAGGUUUUGGCGGUUCUUCGUGCAACGUUUUAAAACAGCAGUGGAAAAUUGCCGUCAAUCUGAGGAUGAUCCCACCAUAUGAAGGAACUUAUCACGUUACGCCCUUUUUGCAAAUUUCCUUUUUUGCGAUUCCUUUUUGCGUGUUGCCUUUUAGCGUUUAUGCCUCUUUGCGCACUGCCUUUUUGCGUGUUGCCUCUUAACGUACUGCCUUUUUGCGUGUUGGCUCUUUGCGUGAUGCCUCUUUGCGUUAUGCCUUUUUGCGUGUUGGCUUUUUACGUGAUGCCUUUUUGCAUGUUGCCUCUUUGCAUUAUGUCUCUUUGCGUGUUGCCUUUUACCGUGAUGCCUUUUUCUGCGUGAUACCUAUAUGAUAAUGGCUUUUUAGUAUUUCUUCCUUUUAGUGUGGUCUUUGUUUUACCAACUUUGACUUGGUAUAUUUCAGACUUGAUUUAACCCUUCUCACAUUUAGGUUAUUGAAUUUUGUCAUAGAUAUACCCUCAUAGUAAAGUGUCUUACAUACGCUUUCGACAACAAAAAUUGUGAUGUUUGUGUCACAAUUUAUACGGAGAACUAUUAACUUGUUGGCAUGAAUGGUGUCUCAGUUGAACAGCCGUGUUCAUAUAGUCAUAUUAUAUUUUUGCGAGUUUUUACCCUAUUCCUAGACUAACAAUCAGCUUUGGAUAACAGUGUGUUGCUUGUAAUCGUCAGAUGAUGCGUGAAAUUGAGAAUUGUCUGUCAAAGAAGUGCCAUGGCCGCAAAGAGCCUAGUAAAGAGGAGUGUGAAGAAGUGGCUGGCGCAAACAGUUUCUUACCUCCAUAUGAACCUGAGAACCGUACAGGAGCAAUAGUCACCAUGGAGAACAGCGUUUCUCUCCUUAGCAUGUAAUAUUACGGAGCUUAAGCAAACACAUUUUUGAGCAACGCAUAUCAACCGGAAGUAGACUUUUUGCAUUCUUGGGCAGUAGUUUUGCCCAAAUUUUCUAGCCAGUGUAACGGGCAGGAUUGUUGUGCCCGGGGUACUUUCUUGGCGGUGGAGCCGCCAAACGAAGUAAGAGCGAAGCCGCAAGGGAAAAUCCGCCUGCCACAUCUCCUUUGUCACCCAAUCAGGAAGAGCGGUUUAAUACGAAACUGACAAAAAAUUAAAAACAUAGCAGAGAAUCAAGCCAUGGACAAAACAACUACAUGUUGCAAGUUGUUCAGGAUCCAGGCAGGGUACUCUGCAGCUACUCCAAACUGAAGAAACUGAAACCUUUUUUAAAACCUUUAUUUAGAAUCCUCCACCCGUUUUUCUGUGCCAGUUUUCAAUGAUCCAGCGCUCUUUUGAUGUUUAGCUCUGAUGGAUCAGGGAGUUUGCAAUGCAUGACAAAAGGUGACAGAAAAGAUGCGCUUUUGUUAUGGAGCCAAUUUCCUGUCGUAAAACGAGAUUAGCCCCGCAUUAAAUGGGAAAAAGCCUCACUUCCGGUUGCUGUACGUGGUUAAAAAUCGACUCGGCUUAAACUCCCCAUUGGGUUUUUCAGGGCUGCCAACUGUUUAUUUUUGUUUUGUUCAAUUGGUCUUGUUUUUGUUCUUAACCUUUAGGAUCGUAAACGAACUUAUUCUUUGGUUACUUGGUUCCCGUGCCCACUGCUUGCGGGUACUGGCUCAAAAUGGCAUUGUGCUCCUGAUAUAUAACUGUGUACACAUUUGCCCCAUUUUUCCCUGUCAGAAGUUAUUUUGAAACGUAAGUGAAGCAGAAAGCUAUGGAAAAGCAAAGCAGUGGAUUCCCUCAAAAUGAACAGAAAACGUGUGCACAUAGGGAGCCUGUGCCACUUAAGUUCCCCAGGUACAAGGUCUCGUGCCCGGGCACCAAGUUUGAACAUAGCCGUAGUAAAUAUGCACAGCAGAGGAGAUUCCCCCCCCCCCCCCCCCCCCAAAAAACACACCACUUUAGGCCCCCCCCCAGCUACCCCUUUUGCCGCUUUAUCCGUUCGGGCCUCCCGUGAACCGGUAUUUUUAAGACAAGCCCGGAAGAGCACCCGCCUGAACUCCGGCCAAAUCACACCCCCGUAUGCCCUCUGCCGCUUGAAAUUUUUUUUUUUAAUGCGACGGCGCCCCCCCAGAAUCACCCUCUUUCCCCACCCGCCCCUCUUCCCAUCUCAGGUAAAAGGGCUCGUGCCCGGGGCCCAAAGUUUAACCAAGCCCUAGGAAAAAUGCCCCCCCAAGGGGAUUCCCCCCCCCCCCCGCUCCGCAACAAACACACCACUUUAGGCGCCUGCCCAGCUAGCCCUUAUGCCGCUUUAGACGUUCGCGCCUUCCGUGAACUGGUAUUAUUAAGACAGUGGACUAGGCUGAAUAAAUGCUGUGUGCAAAUGCUGAGUACAUUCUCUUUCUUUCAGACUAAAUAUCAAAUAUUCUUUGACCUUGACUGUUUCUCUAUCUUACCAUGCUUCAGGUACUGUUCCAUGUUGCCAAGUGACAGAUUCACACACCUUAGCCCAGUUUACAAGAUAGAGGAAGUUGAGGAAGAUGGACAAAAAUUAUUUAAGUGUGAACUGGAACUGCCAAUUAACUGCCAGCUGCGAAGAACUAUAUGUGUGAGUGCAAAUAAAAUCACUGUUCUGACUCUAGUGGAGUAAAUUGAAGAUAAGUUACCUUUAAUAAUAAGCAGAACCUUAAGCUUUAGGCCUUCCAGCCUCGUCAAAAAAAAUCAAAAGUGGCUUAUUUGCUGAAGCAUCUUCACUAAACGCAUGUACUCGAAAAGCUUUCAAUGAUUCAGAACGAUCGUAGUUGAAUUUCGACAGUACACGGUCAAUUUAUCCUUUCCCGUCAGAUUCAUAAAUUAAUACACUUGGCAACUUUUUUCCUAUUCCAACAGGGCAAGGCGAUGCCAAGAAAAAACCUCGCAAAAAUGGCUGCUGCUCUCUACGCCUGCAUAGAGCUUCACAAGAUUGGCGAACUUGAUGAUAAUCUCUUGCCAGUCCGCAACUUAUCAGAUGAUGAAAGUGAAUCGGAAGAAGAAGACGAUGAGUCUCCUGAAAAGGAAAGAAAGAAAGCAGGAACAAAGAAACGAAAGCGAGUUUAUGAAAGAAAGGUAAGGAUAAUCCAGGGUAAACGUCUCCGUUAACACAAAACAACACGGUUGUGAUACAGACAAUUUUUUUCGGCGCAUAGUAUACGGGGCACGAGAUAAACGUUGCACGUUGACUCGUCGCCCCCCUCGACAAGCACCACUCUUAAUUUUUCCUUUGCCUGCUACGAAACCCAUGUAACGUGACCACAACAUUUGUUAAUAGGGCGUUAUGGCAACCACGAUGGCAAAGGCAGCGAAAACGUCGUUGGUUAAGUACAUUCGCAUUCUUGAAAACUAUUAGCGAUUAUUUCAAGUCGUUCAAUUUGUCAAAUGCAGGCAAAUUUUCCAGGAGUAAAAUCCUUUGGAGUUCAAUUAGGUUCAAGAAGAGAAAGAAAAUAUAAUUGUCGUUUGUCAGGUCCGAUGUUAACAUAAUGGGAAAUUUCACGUCGUAUUCGUAGUGUCAGUAACGAAAUGUACCAAUUAAUGUGAUGCUCGUAAUGAGUUGUUGUUUUGCUUCUUGAACCUAUUGCUUUUCUCCUAAUCCUAAUAUCGUCGCCGUCGUGGUUGCUCAAACUCCAUUUUGAAUCACCUAUAGAAAUACAUAGCACUUAUCUGCAGGGCCUGGGGAUUUAAAUCUUGGUCUUAUACGUUACUGGGCUGAUCACUUAGAACGGACAGUCCCGUCUCAGCAUCAAAACUGGCCUGCGUAGCAAGCGUUCCGCUGGAGUUAUGGCGCGAAAGUUGUCCCGAGCGCAAUAAGGUAGAGGAAGGAGAGAAAAGGGAAUUUUUAGGUUUAGGUCGCAACCUUUUUCUUUUCUCCCCUUCCCCUUCCCCACCUUCCACUUUUUUUUUAUCCUCGUUUCAACUUUCGUGCAACUAAGUUCGAGCGGAAACGCUUUCCAUGUAGACUUGUGAGAUGGAGGAGAAGAGCUCAAUAUUGAAGUGCUGAUGGUGGUUGGCAUCUUUCUGAGGGCACGUACGAUGUUUUCUCGUAAGUACAUGCCAAGCGCCAUGGUUUGGCUCUUUUCCAUCACAUUUGCACGCACUGUAAUUCUUUCUUUUCUUUUUGCUUAACUAGGUCCCUCAGGUAUUCAAGGGUAGCUUGCCGCAGGAGAAUCAGCCCCAGUAUCUCACGGCUAUCAGUAUAACCAUCAACAAACUCGCUAACCAACAGGGCCUUGACAUGAGCCAGCGAUACUUUACAGGUGGUGAAUGCCACCUGUUUGGUUUAUUGACGAAUGUUCCAAUUCCAGCGGUUAGUUCUAGUUCAGUCAGAUGUUAGCUUUGAUAGUUGGGUGAUAACGCUUUUGUUCUCGGGUAAAACUUUAAUUCUUUAUCUCUUAAGAGGGUCUAAGAGCCUGAAAAAAUGGCUUUAAAUUUCAUUUCCGAAAAAAUUAAUGAUAAAUAAAUGGUAAUGCGAGAAAUAAAUGCCAUAAAACUGGGUUUAAUAUUGCGUGUUACUUCAGAAAAACAUUAUGAUCCUGAAUAUACAGGUUAAACUAGAAGAACCUGAUUGAUUGAUUGGCUGACUGAUUGUGGAUUCAAUUAUAACUGAUUAAUCACUGAUUAAUUGACGUUAUUUAUUUAAAUCCAAAGGUGAGAUCUUUCAAACUUUAUCCCGACUAUGGAGAAGUCACAGUAACAAUAAAAUGUCACAAGUCACCACUGGGCACAGGGAUUGCAAGACAAGACUUGAAAACUAUUGAAAAAUUCCACUGUUUCUUGUUCAGCCAAGUUCUUCGCGAGCCCGUGGAAUUCAGACCCAAAGAGCCCGACGGCAGUACAGAUGGUUAUUUUGUAGUUCUCACGAAAAGUAAUGGAUUUGACGUGGACUAUGAUUCUAUGCGCCAUGCUUUAACAAGGCAAACUUCACUGGAGCGGUCAACCGGUGAAUCCAGCAAGAUUGACGAGGACAUGGUGGUCUCACAAAAUUACAAGAAGCUGUGUGGACAAAAGUUGGAAAGGUUGGCUGUUUUAAAGGUUCGUCAUGAUCUGAGUCCUUUGUCGCCCUUUCCAGACAAAUCCAAAGCCAAAACGUAUGAAGGCUACUUUAGACUGAAACACGAAAAGUUCUUCACUACUAUGAAGCAGCCUCUUAUUGAAGUGAAACGAAUACAGAAGAGGGUCAAUUUCCUGAAGGACGGAAAAAUGAAGACUAAGUUUGGGCGCGGCGUUAUGGAACUUUUCCCGGAAUUAUGCAACAUACUGCCAAUUGCUUCCUCCCUUCUCUCCCUGUCUCUGAUGCUGCCGUCAAUUUUAUACCGUGUGAACGCGCUUCUGCUUGUUGGUGAUGUCAAGCAGAUGGUCGCUGGAGUGCGUGACAACACAGAUGAAUCUAGCCUCCCUUCAAUUGGUGCGGGAAAUGCUAACGAUGAAAAGAGUUUACUCCGUACUGAUAAUAACAGCUUCUCUUCGAAGAUGGACGUGGGUCAUAAGGAUUCUAGUGAUGGCGAUGUUGAAGACUUUCGGUUUCGAAAGCUGUUUUCAGAUUUAAAAUCACUGUUUAGUGGAAACCGAAGAGCUGCUGUUCAUCCCGACUCCGCUCUCGUGCUUCAAGCUUUGACCACCAAGCACAGUGGAGACGCCUUUAAUCUAGAAAGGCUCGAGAUGCUCGGAGACGCUUUCCUAAAGCUGGCGGUUUCACUUCACCUCUAUUGCACCUACCAAGACAAAGAUGAAGGCAAACUAACACAGCGCAAGGUAAGACAAAUCAGCAAUUUGGCGCUGUUCCGUGCGGCUAAAAAGAGCUUUUUAGCAGGAUUCCAACAGAGCACGCGACUUGCACGUGAUGUAUGGUGUCCCACGGGAUGUCAGCAGGGUAGCGCUGAAUCAGAUGUUGUGACGCCUAGUUCCGAAGCUACAGAAGUGGAAGUUGAUGAAGACGGUAACGCUGGAGAUCAGGGCUUUGGAAGCAGGCGAGACAACUGUAACACUCAGGUCCUAGCAGAUAAAUCUGUUGCUGAUAGCAUGGAAGCUCUCAUUGGAGCGUAUUUGAUUUGCUGUGGUUACACCGGAGCACUUCGUUUCAUGAAGUUCCUGGGUCUUAAGGUCCUUCCUGAGAAUGAUGACGUCGACGCGGACAUUGGUGAGCUCGCUGAGAAGAGCAGAGAAGGGUGUUAUGCCAGAUUUUGGCCUGAGCAACCAAACAAUCCACGAGCUUACCAAAGCCAAGAUAUGGUGGCAAAGAUGGUCUCUGGCUUGGAGAAUUUUGAGCACUCUAUUAAGUACACUUUCAAUUCCAAAUUGUAUCUGGUAGAAGCUUUGACACACGCCUCGUAUCACCUUAACCGCGUCACGCCCUGUUAUCAAAGACUGGAGUUUCUUGGAGACGCCUUGUUGGAUUUCCUGGUAACACAACAUCUUUAUUUCCGUCAAGCAAAAUUGUCACCCGGUAAGCUGACAGAUAUUCGCCAGGCUUUGGUGAAUAACAACAUCUUUGCAACCAUUGCUGUGAAAUACGAGUAUAACAAGUAUUUGAAGGAGAUGUCUCCGGAUUGGUUUAGAUCCAUCGACAAUUUUAUUACUAGACUGGAAGACAAGAAAGAAGAGAAUACUAAUCCGGUAGGUAGGACUUAAAGUCUUUCUCUACCUUUAAUGGAGGAUGACAUUCUCUUUGCUGCCUUUUGAGUGUUACGUUUGUUAGCCGCCAUUUUAACAAACCUUCAGAGAACAACGGGUACCAGCGUGCGGAGCUGUGUUUCAUGUGGUCGUUUGGGUAAUCAAUAUAAGCAACACCUACCAAUCACAGCAAAUGUUGGCUGCCCAAACAAUUGCAGACAUCGUAGCAGGGAAAACAGGUUCUCAGGUUCCCAAACAUUUCUAGACGGGAAAAUGUUGUUCUUUCACAUGUUACUGGCCCCAGUUUUGCUGGCCAAGAAGGUCAGUUGAGUUAGAGUUUCAACGAGUUCAAAAAUAAUUGAGAGACGGUACCAUGAUCUUGUGUUUGUGCUCCCCCCUCUCCCCGUGGUAAAUGUUGCUAGCAAUACAAGUAUGCUCAAAAGUUGGAGGAACAACUUUGAAUGGAGGGGUGGAAGGGCGUAAGUGUUGUGUCUCACAGUUGUGUGACUAGCAGCAAUUGUAAGUCAAAAAAGGUCGAAGUUUCGUGAGAGUGUAUCAACAUUUUUGUAACUGUGUCUAGUCAGCAAGCACUUGUGUCAUUAACAGUGCAGGUGCACGAACGAGUUGUUGGUUCUCGUUCUGGCUCCAAGAGGUUGGAGGUUUUUCCCCGGGGACUUCUGCUCUCCCCCCUCUUCAAAAACCAACACCAUCAAAUUGCAAUUCGAUCUGGAACACACGAACACUUUUGAAAGUGUUCCUCGGAGGUCCUCGGUCUUUCUUGGGUAAACAUAUCAUAUUUUUUACAAGUACCCUACAUGCCCACUUUAUGUCCAUUCUAAGCUUUCCGAAGUAGACCAGUCUCGUACCAGAUGACUGAAUAGGCCAUUAGCACGUAGGCGGCAUAAAGCUGCAGCUUUCAGGAUCCUUCAGAGUUUUUUCUUGUCCAAGUUAUGACUAGGUACACUAGGUAUGGCCCCCUCGGAGACCCAGGGGCAGUCAGUCGGGUCGCGAGAAAAGGCGGGACGAAAGUUUUCAAGUACGGGCGAGAGAGCCCCUGUGUAUCGACUCUCACCGAACUAUUUCCAAAAAUUCAAGGGGAUGCCGGCUCCUGGUUGGGCACAAAAAAAUGCUUUGUAUUAUUGUGCCCAAUCGGCGAACAGUUUCUCCUGAGGUCUUUUCGUGAGUUCGUACUCAACUGCUAUUGUCUCGCCACACUUGCCCGGUUCGUUCAACAAGCUUGUGCGUUGAAGGGAAACUUUUAUUUUCUACUUUCCUAACCAGAAAAGAAGGAACUACCGACGAGUCGAAAAAAAGUUUGGGAUGCUAUCAGCAGGAGCAAUUGAAUUUGCCCCGAUAAUAUUCUGUUUUUCACGUCAACUGCAAGACUACCCGUGAAAAUGCCUAAUUUCACGUUUUGUGAAGGAAGUAAACAAGCAAUGACAAAAUUCAUUCUCUUCAUGAACUUGGAUAUGGUUUAUAGAAAUUCAGCUCCAGAAGUGUUCGCUUGCAUUUGACAAAGUCGGCGAGUUGGAAUAAUCACGACAGAGACUGAAAAAAAUAUGAAUUCACUUUUCCAUGCGACGUUUUCGUGGCUGUCAGCCGUCGUUGUAUCUUUUAAAAACACUCUAUAAAUAUUUACGCAAGACGUGGCUGGUGCAAUUGUGAAUACCCGUUGUAAGCUGAAGCUUGUAUUUUUGGAAAAGCGUCUUUAGUUUUCGGGCAGACAGUAUUUUAAAAUCACAUGGGGAUUUUAUAUCAAACGGAAAGUUUCCUGACUGCGUGCAUUUCUUUGGUGCAUGAGCCAGACAAGCCGUGAUUGAGACAAUAGCCGUCGCGUAAGAACGCACGAAAAUAACUCAGGAGAUGUGUUCGCCGAUUGGGCACAACAAUACAAAGCAUUUUUUGUACCCAAUCAGGAGCUGGCAUGCGCUUGAAUUUUUGGAAAUGGUCCGGUGAGAGUCGGUACCCCGGGGCUCUUCCGCCCUUACUUGAAAACUUUCGUUCCGCCUUUUCUCCAGACCCGACUGACGGCCCCUGGGUCUCCGAGGAUGUAGGUAUGGCAAAUGAGGUAUAGGUGACAAAAGGUAGUGUAGUAGUUAAAAGAGACUGAAACAUCUUUAUCCCAGAUUCCCUUGUUCACAUUAUUCUGGUUCCUGGUGAAUCUUUGGUGUUCAUUAGGCAAAGCGAAAAAAGACGCAAGGAUUUUCUUUGUAUUUCACAGGGGACUGCAGAUCCAUUUAUCAUCGUAUCUGAACAAGACGAAGAAGGGAUCGAAGCUCCCAAGGUCCUGGGUGAUAUUUUUGAGUCCGUGGCUGGUGCAGUGUUUUUGGACAGCGGUAUGGAUUUCACCAAGGUCUGA